AUGCAGCUCCCUCCAGCCUCAGUGAUCCUCUCCUGGCCCAGGCCAAACUAUGAAAAUCCGACGGACGUUCGUGGGCCGCUGGUGAUUAUCAUGAACUCGAUAUUUGCAUCGCUGACUUUGCUUGUCAUUAUGAUACGCAUAUUCAGCCGCAUUCAUGUAUCCCGGAGCUUUGGCUGGGACGACAUCUUCAUAAUAGCAGCCGUCAUCCCUACCUUUGGCUGUGGUACUAUCACCAUCCUGGGCUCAGUCAAGUACGGCUGGAGCCGACAUGUCUACGAUGUGCCCUUUAAGCAUCUUGUUAUUGGGCUGAAGUUGACCAUGUUAAUCGAGUGUCUCUUCGCCAUUAGCUGCUCCUUCACCAAGCUCUCGCUGCUAUGCUUCACCCAUAAAAUCACAUCAGGCAUCAAGUCGCGCACCUUGCGAUGGCUGAUCAUCGCCAACGCAACCAUCGUCACGCUCGAAAUGUUCGUCUUUGUUAUAGUAGCUGUUUUCACCUGCCGCCCUGUCUCCGCCUACUGGACUCUCUCUACCAAGCCUCAAGACUGCAUAAAUGAAACUGCGCAUCUUCUGGCCGGUGGCAUACUGAAUACCCUCACCGACAUCAGCGUGGUGUUCUUGCCAUUGCCUACUGUCAUGUCCCUCAAGCUGCCGACCAGACAGCGGGUCAUGCUCUGCAUACUCUUCAGCGCUGGAUUCAUAGUCUGCAUUGCCGGCUGCUUCAGGGCCUACUUCCUGCACAAGUUGAACACUUCGUACGAUAAGACGUGGGUUGGCUAUCCACUCUGGAUCGCCGGAACUAUUGAGAUGUAUCUCGGCGUGAUCGCCGCAUCGCUGGCAUCUCUCAAACCGUUCUUCGUGCGCUACUUCCCUUGGCUUCUGGGCUCCCUUACCUCCAAGAAGACCGGGCCGUCUUCCUUCUCGUUCUUAAACUCGUACAUCUUACGGCGUAGCGCACCUCAACCCGCACCCGAAACCAAAGGCAAGCCUGUCAUUUUCGACAGUCUGACCGAUACCUUGACAUCUACCAUGCAUGGCACCGAUGUCGAGCUGGGAGAAAUAGAACCUGCGCCACGCACCGCGGGGACGGAAGAAGAAGCACCCAAGUUACUUGGACACCAUGAGGCCGGCCAUUUAUCGAAGUCCACUUUCCAUUCGGCUGACGCAACGUCGCAAUCGGAGUUGAGGAGGAAGUAA